AUGGCCGUGAAUAUGAACUUCAUCCCGUACUCUCCACUCCCCCCAAAGCCUCCCAAGCCUCUUCCCAUCAAGCACUAUAUCCCUGAACACCGUCUUCCCCAGCCAGCCCCUUUGCCCUUUGCACAAUCCAUCCCUGAACCACCGCUUACACGCCAUCUUCCCUGCCCUCCUCUUCCCUUCUGUAGAGAUGCCCGCGAGGGCCCUGACACCCAGAUCGGGGGUCGAGAUUCGAGCGCUCCACUGAACGAGUUCGACGCUGAACUGGAGCGUUGGGAGGUCGUGGAAGUGGUCGACAUGAGCAGUUCCAAUUCCGACUCCAUCGACCAGGAUGGCGUUGAGCCUUCUAGCCCAAGGGUUGCCGGCGUGAUCCAAGGCUCAACUGCGCCAGACGCCAAGCCCUGCAGGGAAGUCUCAAGCGAUAAAACCCCCCAGAAGGCCAGUCGAUCAUCAUCUCAGGAAAUCACCUCUCCCCUACCUGAUAGCAAUACCACGAUGGACGAGUCCGAACCGAGAGCCUCGUGUCAACCGCCUGGCUUGGUGGAUUUCCCCGACAAGCUUCCGUACAGUUCAGCGAAGUUACCAGGGCCAGAAGGCAGCCAAGAACAACCGAUCCUUGUGGACUUGGAGAGCGAUGGAGAGGAUUCUCCGAACGAUAUCAAAUCCAAGAUUAUUGGUCCUGCUGUGCGCACCAGUGCCACAGGUGGAGGGAUUGCGGACAGCACAUCUUCCGGCAUGGGUGCCGAAUCGGAGCCUGGGACUUCCGGCAAUCCUGAAAAGUGCGAUGGGGGAGAGCACCGACUGAUGAGGCGGCGACGCGUGCGACACAUGGGUGUCCGAGUCGAGAUCCCUUCCACACCAGACGCUUUCCAGGAGACAGAGAGGCGAGGCGAUAGGCGAGGCGAUAGGACCGAUCCCGGCGACGACAGUGACUUCAAUAACUCCAGCGACUGCAGCGACGACGAUGAUGACCAUGUCACUAGGCGGUCGCGGAAGCGGCGGAAACUCUCGGCGCGGUCCUCCUCCGUGUCCACUGUCUCUUCCACGGCUUGCACAGAUGACCCUCCCCUGACUGCUUUGAUAAACGAUAAGAAGUCACGGAAUCCGACGAAGAAGUACCAUAAAAAUCCGGCCAGCGAUUCCUCCUGUGUGCCCGCUGUCCCACAAGACGAUACGGUGACGAAACGCUCGGGUGAUGACAUACCAGUCUCCGGCUUUCUUUCAAGCUACCUGAGCGGGUCCAAAGUGUGCUAUACUAUAACAUUCUAUCACGAGGAGGCUGGUCGGCCCUUAUCAGUGAAGGCAAACGGUUUGUCGAGUCCCAGUCGCAAAAAGCAGCCGCCCGUCGCAACCGGUAUGCGUGUGCCGUUUGCCUCGGAGGACGACGCGCUGCUGAAGGAACUCAAGGAGGAGGGUGAGCCAUGGGAUGAGAUCGCCAAGCGCUUCCCGGGCAGAUCCAAGGCGACUCUGCAGGUGCGGUACUCCACCAAGCUGAAGGACCGCGCCCCGUCGACGCGCAAGUCGAAGCCUAGAAAACGUGGAUGCCGCUGA